AUGCCUACAGAAAUUUUAGGUAAAGUAGCACCAGAGAAAAUACCAGAUAUCCAAAGCAUAGCGCUAGAUGCAGAAAUAGGCUAUACACUAAAAGUUGAUCUAAAAACCCUAGUGCACUUGCACAAUUUCUUUACAGAUUAUCUGUUAGCAUCUGAAAAGCAAAUAGUUCUAGAAAACUGGCUUAGUCUAUAUAAUGAAAGAUUAAUGAAAGAUAAAGAAGUUAGAAAUGGAAAAUAUAUGUCUGGAGAGAAGCUAGUCCAGAUCCUCUUUACUAAGAAGAAUUAU